UACUUUCCCAUCUCCGCCAGCCAUCCAAACACCAAACCCGAAGCCCAUCUCUCUCUCUCUCUCCCUCUCUCUCUAUAGUUCCACAACAAAAUGGCAGGGGAAGAAACAAAGGGAGUUGCUUCCAUACUUAUGUUCCUUAACUUGUGCAUGUAUGCAAUUGUAUGUGCAAUUGGGGGAUGGGCUGUUAAUGAUGCCAUCGAGCGUGGAUUCGUUAUUGGUCCCGGCUUGGUCCUUCCGGCGAACUUCUCGCCGGUGUUUUUCCCGAUGGGAAACGCGGCGACGGGGUUCUUCGUCAUAUUCUCGUUGAUUGCCGGAGUCGUGGGAGCGGCGUCUAUCCUUGCAGGAAUCAAUCAUCUCCGGUCAUGGAACGCAGAGACUUUGCCUUCUGCUGCAUCGCCUGCUCUUGUUGCAUGGACCUUGACGCUUCUCGCAAUGGGGUUCGCAUGCAAGGAGAUCGAGCAGCAUGGAAGGAACGCAUGUCUGAGGACAAUGGAGGCAUUCACCAUCAUUCUAUCAGUAACCCAGCUGCUUUAUAUUGCUGCUAUCCAUGGAGCCGCAGGUGUCGCUCCUCCUCGGCGAUAAAAUAAUGAAACCCAAGUUUCAUGCAAAUUCAAGGCAUUGGAUUGAUUGGUGUUUGUGUCAUAUUGUUGUAUGCUUUUUUUUUUGUCCUUCUGUAAUUGUUCUAUCUGGUGCAUUCGAUUGUAAUUUUUCAUGCUACAUCGGCAAAUGAAUAAGGAGGGUUGUGGA